AUGGUCAAGCCCCCCCCCCUGCAAAAAAUUGGGAUGUCACGUGUUGUUAGAUCAUCUAAAUAUCGUCACGUUUUUGGUACUCAAGCCAAAAAGGAAGAAUGUUAUCAAAAUUUAAAAGUUACUAAAUCAGCUUGGGAUAGUAACUAUAUUGCUGCCAAUACCAAAUACUUUGGUGUUAUUUGGGAUGCUGGUGGUGGUGGUUCAUUCGCUGUUGUUCCAUAUGAAGCUCAAGGUAAAAUCUCACAAACCUCUGUUCCAUUAUUCAAUGGUCACAAAAACGCCGUUUUAGAUAUUGCCUUCCAUUCAUUCAACGAAAACUUAGUUGCCUCAGUUUCAGAAGAUUGUUCAACUUGCAUUUGGGGUAUUCCAGAAGGUGGUCUUACUGAAUCCAUCUCAACUCCACUCCAAACCCUCACCGGUCACAAGAGAAAAGUUGGUACUUGUUCAUUCAAUCCAGUUGCUGAUAAUGUUUUAGUUACCUCAUCUGGUGAUUUCCUCGUUAAAACCUGGGAUGUCGAACAAGGUAGCUGUUUAAAUACCAUUGAAGGUCACUCUGAUAUCAUCCUUUCAGUCGAAUGGAACGGUAACGGUAGCCAACUCGUCACCACCUGUAAAGAUAAGAAAGCUCGUGUCUUUGAUCCAAGAUCAAACUCAAUUUCACUUGAAGUUGUUGCCCAUCAAGGUGUUAAAAACAGCAGAGCUAUCUUUGUUAAAGACAAAGUUGUCACUGUCGGUUUCUCAAAAACCUCAGAAAGAGAACUUAACAUGUGGGAUCCACGUAAUUUCGCUGAACCAAUCACCCAUUUAAAUAUCGAUUCAGCUUCAGGUCUUUUAAUGCCAUUCUACGACCCAGAUAACAGUAUUCUCUACAUGGCCGGUAAAGGUGAUGGUAACAUUAGAUACUAUGAAGUCGUUGAUGAAUCCCCAUAUCUCCAUUUCCUCAGUGAAUUCAAAACUGCCACCCCACAAAGAGGUCUCUGUUUCGUUCCAAAACGUGCUCUUCAAAUCAAUGAAUGUGAAAUUGCUCGUGCUCUUAAAGUUACCACCAACUCUGUCGAACCAAUUGCAUUCAAAGUACCAAGAAAAUCAGAUAUCUUCCAAGAUGAUAUUUUCCCAGAUACCUACGCAGGUGAACCAAGUCUCACUGCUGAACAAUGGGCUUCAGGUCAAAAUGCCGAACCAAAGACUAUCUCAUUAGCCAACGGUUUCGUCGCCAAAAAACCAACCACUGAAUUCAAACCAGUCGUUAAAGUUCAAGAAGGUCCAAAGAACGAAAAAGAACUUCGUGAAGAAUAUGAAAAACUUAAAACUCGUGUUGCUUACUUAGAAUCUGAAAUCGUUAAAAGAGAUGCCAGAAUCAAAGAAUUAGAAUCAAAAUAAACAAAAAACAACAUCAAAAAAAACACUCAUAUUUAAUUAAUUAAAAAGUGGUUAAAAAAAUGUAUUACAAGAAAAAAUUCCACAUUGUAUUAAAAAAAAAAAAAAAAUUCCAUAUAUUUAUAAAAUAAAAUUGUAACCUCUUUUUUAAAUGUAAUAU